AUCGGCUCCCCAUCGGGGCGUCACCUCCCGUCGCCUUCAAAGCGGGCGGCGGUGACGGGGCGGCUGCAUCUCCCGUUCCAGCCCGUACUGGCCCGUCCCAUCCCGCAGCAGCCGGCGAGCAGAGCCAUGCUGCACUGGGGAUACGAUGAGCACAACGGGCCUGCCCACUGGAAAGAAGUUUUUCCUGUUGCCAAUGGAGACCGUCAGUCACCCAUUGACAUCAAAACUGAGGAAACGAAGUAUGACCCCUCACUCCGUUCUCUAAAUCCCAAUUACGAUCCGGCUUCUGCUAAAAUCAUCCUUAACAAUGGGCACUCCACCAGUGUUGAGUUUGAUGACAGCGUCAACAGAUCAGUGCUGACUGGGGGACCACUCAUCGGGACCUACAGGCUGCGCCAGAUUCACUUCCACUGGGGAUCCAAUGAUGAAGCCGGCUCUGAGCACACAGUGGAUGGGAUGAAGUAUGCGGCAGAGCUUCAUGUGGUCCAUUGGAACUCAGAGAAGUAUUCCAGUUUUGUUGAGGCAGCUCGUCAGUCAGAUGGAUUAGCAGUCAUGGCAGUAUUUCUGAAGAUUGGUGAAUGCAACCCUCAGCUGAAGAAGAUUACUGACCGCUUGGACACCAUCAGAAUCAAGGGUAAAAGAGCACUAUUCACCAACUUUGAUCCUAGCUGUCUGCUUCCCAAGUCCCUGGACUACUGGACUUACUUUGGCUCUCUCACUGUUCCUCCUCUUCUUGAGAGUGUCAUCUGGAUUGUUCUGAGAGAGCCCAUAAGUGUUUGUUCUGAACAGCUAGCCAAGUUCCGCAGCCUCCUGAGCACAGCUGAGGAUGAAGUUGCCUGCUGCUUGCUGAGAAACUACCGCCCUCCCCAGCCUUUAAAGGGACGAGAAGUCAGGAGGAAUUAAGGAGUAAAGACAGAGCAGUCUCCCUCUGAAACCAAAGGCUGAAUUAAUUUUAAUAGUUAAUAUUCUUAAUGAUAUUUUUUUUGUGAGUUGUUUUAACAAAUAGGUGUUGUUUUGUUACUGGCUACCAUGCAAUCAUUUCUAACAGACAAGUAUGUCCUGAGCUGUUGCAGGUUCAUCAAUGUUAACAGAUCUGACUUUGUUUGUGUGCAUUGGUUUGGGAGUACCCAGGCAUUAGCAUGCACAGAGGGCAGUGCUAGUCACAAAGUUCAGACGUGGUGAAGGAGUUGUCCAGAAUUUGCCACCAAAUUACUGAACAGGAUCUCUGAUAUUAAUGGUAUCAAAGGAUGCUGUGAGAUUAUUAUUUUGGUCUCUAGCAUAACAUUUAUCUUCUAAAUAAGACUUCACACUGUAAUUCUCAAGAAAAAGAUGUUUCAAAGCUGAUACAAUAUCAUUGCUGACUUCUGCAACACCAUGCUUACCUUCCUACAAAAAAGCAGUAAUGACAGA